AUGGCCUCUUCAUCAAAUUCUUCCUUGCUCGCAAUACCAGUUUUUAAUGGAGUUCACUACCACAUAUGGGUAGUGAAAAUGAAGAUUUUUUUACAAGCAGCUGAUUUAUGGGACGUUGUCGAAACAGAUGGAAAUUUUCCAACCAUGCCUGAGAAUCCUACAAUUGUGCACUGCACUACUGCCAAGCAAGUAUGGGAGAAGUUGCAACAAGAAUAUCAGGGUUCGGAGAAGACUCGAACCAUGAAGAUAAUCACAUUGAAAAGACUACUUGAGAAUACUAGAAUGAAUGACACAGAGAGUGUUUCACAAUAUUCAGAUAGGAUUAUGAAAUUGGUGAAUGAAAUGAGAAUUUUGGGAGAAGAUCUUUCUGAGGAAAGAAUUGUAGAGAAAGUUCUUGUGAGUUUGCUGGAGAAGUUUGAGUCAAAAAUUUCUUCUCUAAAGGAUUCAAGAGACAUCACUUCAAUCUUUCUUACUGAUUUGAUGAGUGCUCUUGAGGUGCAAGAGCAACGAAGGAAGAUGCGAAGUGAAAAUGGAAUCGAGAUGGCUUUUCAAACUAAGGCCACAUUUAAGCCAAAAUUUACGAAGGAAGGAAAGAAGCCUUAUUUCAGUAAAGGAAAAAAUAAAAAACUGGAGGGGUUUAAAUGUUCAAAUAACAAAGAAAGAAGUCUGCUCUCUUGUAGUCAUUGUAAGAGAAAUAAUCAUAAAGAGGAUGAGUGUUGGUUUAAGGGGAAAGUACCACCACCUUUGAGGUGUAGAUUCUGUAACAAAAAUGGACAUAUUGAGAAGUUUUGCUACCGAAAACAGGAGCAACAGAAUCCAGAACCAUUGGUUCAACAAAAUCAGCAAUUGAAUGUUGCAGAAGAAGAAAAAAAAUGA